UCCUCCGCCUCUGGGGGCCCUCCUCCGUGACCUCUGAAUGCCCCCCACUUCCCUCAGAUCCACACCUCGCACCUGUCAGUGCCCCGCCCCGUCCUGCCCAGUCCCAGGGGAUCGACAGCGCCCGCCCAGGGCCUCUCCCAACCCCAGCGCCGUACUCCGCUUGGCUCCCACUUGCUGCCCCCUCGCCACCACCCGUGCCCCUCGGCUCCCUGGGUCGUCAGAGGUCCCCCUCUCCUCCUCCCAAGCCCGCAGUUCCCUCCCCUCCCUUCCCCUCUCCUCCUCUGCUGCUGAGCGACUUUUCCUGCUCCCUCGCAUUCUCACGCAGGCCGUUAAGUUUGUCUACCAUUGUCCCACUUGCAUGAAUAAAUUGCUUUCUGAAGGCAUGAAGACUUAGACAAGAAAAACAAGUGGAAAGAGGCUGGUCACAGAAAGCUGAGCAGAUUUUGAAGCCAGCUUCAUAAGGCUGUUGGACAAAAUAACUAAUGGUUCUCGAAUUGAAAUAAACCAAACAGGAACCACCUUAUAUUAUCAGCCUGGCCUCUUGUAUGGUGGGUCUGUGGAACAUGACUGCAGCAUCCUUCGCAGCAUUGGGUAUUAUCUGGAAAGUCUUCUCUGCCUGGCUCCAUUUAUGAAGCACCCGCUGAGAAUAGUUCUGCGAGGAGUGACCAAUGACCAGGUGGACCCUUCGGUUGAUGUUCUUAAGGCAACAGCGCUCCCUCUAUUGAAACAGUUUGGGAUUGAUGGUGAAUCGUUUGAGUUAAAGAUUGUGCGACGGGGAAUGCUCCCUGGAGGAGGAGGCGAAGUGUUUUUCUCAUGUCCUGUAAGGAAGGUCCUGAAGCCCAUUCAGCUCACAGAUCCAGGAAAGAUCAAACGUAUCAGAGGAAUGGCGUAUUCAGUACGCGUAUCACCUCAGAUGGCAAACAGGAUUGUGGAUUCUGCAAGGAGCAUCCUCAACAAGUUUAUACCCGAUAUCUAUAUUUACACAGACCACAUGAAAGGAGUCAACUCUGGGAGGUCUCCGGGCUUUGGACUGUGGCUGGUCGCUGAGACCACCAACGGCACCUUCCUCAGCGCUGAACUUGUCUCCAACCACCAGGGCCAGGGGGCAGCGGUGCUUCCCGAGGACCUCGGCAGGAACUGUGCCAAGCUGCUCCUCGAAGAAAUCCAUAGGGGUGGAUGUGUGGACUCGACCAACCAAAGCCUGGCUCUGUUACUCAUGACCCUUGGACAGCAGGAUGUUUCCAAAGUCCUUCUCGGACCACUCUCUCCCUACACGUUUCGGAAGCAGGCAAGGCAACAAGAUGUGACCUGUUUCUCUUCUGCAGAAGAGGCCCUUCCUCCCCUUCCCGCGAAGGCAAAUGUUCUGAAAAAAGACUGCAUGGGAAUGGCAUGCCUUACAAUGACAGAAAUGGAAGGAACAUCCUCAUCUCCUGUACAUCAGAAUGGUGAUAUUCCUGGAAAUGCUAAUUCUGUGAAGCAAAUAGAUCCAAUCCUACAGGUCUAUCUUUAUCAUUCCCUUGGAAAAGCUGAGGGGGAUUAUCUGAAGUUUCCAACUGGAGAGUAUGUUGCAGAAGAGAUUUGUGUUGCUGCUUCUAAAGCUUGUGGAGUCACACCUGUGUAUCAUAGUAUGUUUGCUUUAAUGAAUGAAACAGAAAGGAUCUGGUAUCCACCCAACCACGUCUUCCAUAUAGAUGAAUCAACCAGGCACAAUGUACUCUACAGAGUCAGAUUUUACUUUCCUUACUGGUAUUGUAAUGGCAGCAACAGAACCUAUAGGCAUGGAAUAUCUCGAGGUGCUGAAGCUCCUCUUCUUGAUGACUUUGUCAUGUCUUACCUUUUUGCUCAGUGGAGGCAUGAUUUUUUGCAUGGAUGGAUAAAAGUACCUGUUACUCAUGAAACACAGGAAGAAUGUCUUGGGAUGGCGGUGUUAGAUAUGAUGAGAAUAGCCAAAGAAAAGGAUCAGACGCCCCUGGACAUCUAUAGCUCUGUCAGCUACAAGACAUUUUUACCAAAAUGUGUUCGAGCAAAGAUCCAAGACUAUCAUAUUUUGACAAGGAAGCGAAUAAGGUACAGAUUUCGCAGAUUUAUUGAGCAAUUCAGCCAUUGCAAAGCCACUGCCAGAAACUUGAAACUUAAGUAUCUUAUAAAUCUGGAAACUCUUCAGUCUGCCUUCUACACAGAGCAAUUUGAAGUAAAAGAACCUGGAAGAGGUCCUUCAGGUGAGGAGAUUUUUGCAACCAUUAUAAUAACUGGAAACGGUGGAAUUCAGUGGUCAAGAGGGAAACAUAAAGAAAGUGAGACACUGACAGAACAGGAUUUACAGUUAUAUUGUGAUUUUCCUGAUAUUAUUGAUGUCAGUAUUAAACAAGCAAACCAAGAAGGCUCAAAUGAAAGCAGAAUUGUAACUAUUCAUAAGCAAGAUGGUAAAAGUCUAGAAAUUGAACUUAUGUCAUUAAGAGAAGCUUUGUCUUUUGUGUCAUUAAUUGAUGGAUAUUACAGGUUAACUGCAGAUGCACAUCAUUAUCUUUGUAAAGAAGUAGCACCUCCAAUGGUGCUUGAAAAUAUACAAAGCAACUGUCAUGGCCCAAUUUCAAUGGAUUUUGCCAUCAGUAAACUGAAGAAAACUGGUAAUCAGACUGGACUCUAUGUACUUCGAUGCAGUCCUAAGGACUUUAAUAAAUAUUUUCUGACUUUUGCUGUUGAGAGAGAAAACGUCAUUGAAUAUAAGCACUGUUUGAUUACAAAAAAUGAGAAUGGAGAAUACAACCUCACUGGUACUAAGAAGAACUUCAGUAAUCUUAAAGAUCUUUUGAAUUGCUAUCAGAUGGAAACUGUUCGCUCAGACAGUAUAAUUUUCCAGUUUACUAAAUGCUGUCCCCCAAAGCCAAAAGAUAAAUCAAACCUUCUAGUCUUCAGAACCAAUGGUAUUUCUGAUGUACCAACCUCACCAACAUUACAGAGGCAUAAUAAUGUGAACCAAAUGGUGUUCCACAAAAUCAGAAAUGAAGAUCUGAUAUUUCAUGAAAGCCUUGGCCAAGGAACUUUUACCAAAAUUUUUAAAGGUGUAAGAAGAGAAGUAGGAGACUAUGGUCAACUGCAUGAAACAGAAGUUCUUUUAAAAGUUCUGGAUAAAGCACAUAGAAACUAUUCAGAGUCUUUCUUUGAAGCAGCAAGCAUGAUGAGCCAGCUUUCUCACAAACAUCUGGUUUUAAAUUAUGGAGUAUGUGUCUGUGGAGAGGAGAAUAUUCUGGUUCAGGAGUUUGUAAAAUUUGGAUCACUAGAUAUAUAUCUGAAAAAGAAUAAAAAUUCUAUAAAUAUAUUAUGGAAACUUGAAGUGGCUAAACAGCUGGCAUGGGCCAUGCAUUUUCUAGAAGAAAAAACCCUUAUUCAUGGGAAUGUGUGCACCAAAAAUAUUCUUCUUAUCAGAGAAGAAGACAGGAAGACAGGAAAUCCUCCUUUCAUCAAACUUAGUGAUCCUGGCAUUAGUAUUACAGUUUUGCCAAAGGACAUUCUGCAGGAGAGAAUACCAUGGGUACCACCUGAAUGCAUUGAAAAUCCUAAAAAUCUAAAUUUGGCAACAGACAAAUGGAGUUUUGGUACCACUUUGUGGGAAAUCUGCAGUGGAGGAGAUAAGCCCCUGAGUGCUUUGGAUUCUCAAAGAAAACUACAGUUUUAUGAAAAUAGGCACCAGCUUCCUGCACCAAAGUGGACAGAAUUAGCAAAUCUUAUUAAUAAUUGUAUGGAUUACGAACCAGAUUUUAGACCUUCUUUCAGAGCCAUCAUACGAGAUCUUAAUAGUUUGUUUACUCCAGAUUACGAACUAUUAACAGAAAAUGACAUGUUACCUAAUAUGAGAAUAGGUGCCCUAGGGUUUUCUGGUGCUUUUGAAGACCGAGACCCUACACAAUUUGAAGAGAGACACUUGAAAUUUCUACAGCAACUUGGCAAGGGUAAUUUUGGCAGUGUGGAGAUGUGCCGGUAUGACCCUCUACAAGACAACACUGGAGAGGUGGUGGCUGUGAAGAAGCUCCAGCACAGUACUGAAGAGCACCUCAGAGACUUUGAAAGGGAAAUUGAAAUCCUUAAAUCCUUGCAACAUGACAACAUUGUAAAGUACAAGGGAGUGUGCUACAGUGCUGGCCGGCGUAAUCUAAGAUUAAUUAUGGAAUAUUUACCAUAUGGAAGUUUACGAGACUAUCUCCAAAAACAUAAAGAACGGAUAGAUCAUAAAAAACUUCUUCAGUACACAUCUCAGAUAUGCAAGGGUAUGGAGUAUCUUGGUACAAAAAGGUAUAUCCACAGGGAUCUGGCAACGAGGAAUAUAUUGGUGGAGAAUGAAAACAGAGUUAAAAUAGGAGAUUUCGGCUUAACCAAAGUGUUGCCACAAGGCAAAGAAUACUACAAAGUGAAAGAACCUGGUGAAAGUCCCAUAUUCUGGUAUGCGCCAGAAUCACUGACAGAGAGCAAGUUUUCUGUGGCCUCAGAUGUUUGGAGCUUUGGAGUGGUUCUGUAUGAACUUUUCACAUAUAUUGAGAAGAGUAAAAGCCCACCAGCGGAAUUUAUGCGUAUGAUUGGCAAUGACAAACAAGGACAGAUGAUUGUGUUUCAUUUGAUAGAACUCCUGAAGAAUAAUGGAAGAUUACCAAGACCAGAUGGAUGCCCAGAUGAGAUUUAUGUAAUCAUGACAGAAUGCUGGAACAAUAAUGUAAACCAACGCCCUUCUUUCAGAGACCUAGCUCUUCGAGUUGAUCAAAUAAGAGACAGCAUGGCUGGAUGAAAGAAAUGAACUUCACUCUGAGACCAAAAUAGACUUACAGAACAAAGUGUUGUAUUUCACAUUACUGUGGACUGUUACUACAUGUAUCAUUAUUAUGUAUAUCAUGACUUUAGCCAGCAAAGGUGUGGAAGUAUCUGCUCAGAGCUUUCAAAAGUUUAGUGAGUUUUUCUUCAUGAGGACACCAGCCAAAGACACUGAUGAAAAGUCCUUAGCAAAGAGUUUUGUAAAAAGUUUCGUGAACCUAAUCAGUCAGUUAAUAUCACCUUUGGCAAAAGAAGAAACAGACUUUUUUCAACUCAGAAUUAUGAGAGAUGAAAAAAUUGUAAAUGUUUAAUAUGCACAGAAUACGUAUGUACAGUUUUUACCACAGUGAAUGUAUAAUACCUUGGCAUCUUGUGUGAUGUUUUACACAAGAGCUGGUAUUCAUAAAUAAUGUUUUCUAAUUUUUCCAUAGUUGAUCUGUAAUAACUUCACUGUACAAAUUAAGAUGCUCAGAUAAUUGAAUAAGCACCUUUGUGUCCUUGUUCAUCUAUAUCACUGGCCAGCAAUAUAAGCAGGUGUAUACUUUUAGCUUGUUCUAUGUACUGUAAAUAUUUUUCAAAGCAAAGGGAACAAAUGUUUAGUUUUAUUUGUAUAGGGAAUUUCCCUGACUCUAAAGAAUACAUUUUGAGAUGGAACAAGUUUACAAAGAUAUAACACAAUCUAUUUUCUUAUUUCUCUCCCUUGUAUCUGUUUGUGGCGAGUAUGUUUUUUAAAUAGAACUGUCUCCAGGCUUUUCUAAGACUACAGUGAACAGUUUUCUUUUAAAAUUUUGAGAUGACGAAUGCCAGGAAUAUUGUCAUCCCUUGAGCUACUGGCUGCCAAUAAGACUCUUCAAUCCCUGGGACCUAUAGUCAUGGAUUAAAUUUAAGUGUAAGCCAUAAAAUAGAUUGUUUUUCAUAUAUAUAUGCCUAUUAAGAUGCACAGUGGGUUAGGAAUUUUUUCUAAAGAAUUUAUAUUUUAGGGAUUUCAGAAAUCUAUUGCCGCUAUAAAAGAGAUUUUCUUCUGUUAGAUUCUUACAAGGGGGAAAUGAGAGUAAAUUGGUAAAAAAAAAAGAAAGUAUGCUUGUUAAUUUUAUUCAAGAAUGCCAGUAGAAAAUUCAUAAUGUCUUGAAGAAAAAUCAGCAUUUUUCAACUGAGUAUACAGGGUCGUUUGUUACUGUUGUCGUUUGUUUUAGUGCUACUCCAUUUUAGACACCAUACCUAAAAUUUGGUGGGGUUUUUUGUCUGUGUGUUAUUUAUACAAAGUUUAAAAUACUUGGCAUUUUGGUUAAAAAGAAAAUAGUUUCUUUAUUUUCAAUGCUAUAUGCUUUUUUUCUUUUAACUUGAACUUAAGACUUUUGAUUAUCUUUCUAUUUUUUGGAGCUGGUUUUAAAACGAAUAUUAUAUAAGAAAAAAAUGCCUCACAUAUAAAGUUUGAGUUUUUUGUUGGAAGGAAAGGGAAGAAAUGCUUUUUAUGCUAUCUUUAAAGCAUUUUACCAAAUAGUAGUUACACCAAAUGCACAAAUCAUCUAAAAUAAUAUAUUAGAUUUUAAAAAAUUUCUAGUAAACAUUAUAUUUUGAUGAAAGUUGAAUAUAAUUUUUGUUUAAUUUGUAAAGACUCCUCCAGGAUCUCUGUAUGUAAUGCAUUUAAGAGAUCUUCUGUUCUGCUACUUUUCAUGUCCAAAGUAGCAUAUCAUAUAAUAUGUUUGAUUGCAGAUUUUUGUACUAAAACUUAAGUACCUAAAAGUAGAUUCUUAAAGGUUGAUAACAUUUUGUUUAUAAAAACAAGGAUGGUAACUAGGUUUCUUUUUUAAAAGUUUUUCUUUUAAUGUUUCCAUUUUUAGUUUUAGGAGAAAAAUCCCACAUAAACAUCUUAAGUUUUUAGAAUGGGAUGACAGCCUUAUUGUAAAAUUCUAAGUUUUCAAGAGAAUUAUUAUUUAUUGAGGGUUUGUGAUGUUUUAAAUUUUGAUUCUGACCAUACUUAAAAGGAAAUUAACCAUGCAGCUGUUUAGUUGGUUCUGCACAAGACACAGGUAAGUCAGUAUUGUACCAGUUAAUGCCAAAAUGUUUCUUCAAAGUAAUACUCUUCAGAAAUGAGCGUAAAGAUUUUCUUAAAAUUCUGCAAUUCUGUAAAUAUUCCAGUAUUUUAAGUUACACAGUCUUUAUAUAAAUAAUUCCCUAUAUCCAUGACUACCUGCUUUGGGAAAUAGUCACUUUUUCAUGUUAUUUAUGUAUGCUGCCAGUAGCACUAUAAUUUGCUAUGGAAGAGUGCUUUCUUACAACCCAGGACUUCUGCUUUAAAGUCAAGUGAAAUUUUUAUCAAAACCAUAACUCCUGAUAUUUAAAUUUUAUUUAAAGAGUUUUGCUAUAGAGUAGACUUUAGAAAAUACCUAUAGUUCUAUACCUGGGGAGCCAUUCUUUUUGGGGUGGCAUGAUGUGGUCAGAUUGAGACUGUAUUAUUUUCUUCAUUGUGCCUUUAGCAUGUUCCCACAAAACUGAAAUACUCAUGUAAUAAAUAUUCAGAAGUUAUUUUCUUUUGUAUUGUCACCUAACCAAGGAACUGCAGGUACACACAUUGAUUUAGGGAUAUGCAGAGAAAGACUUUUAUAAAGUAAACUUACCUUUCAGUUUAAAAGAAAUGCUUCCUAAGAGUGCUAUCAACUACUUUGUGCUGCUUAUGAACACUGCUAUAUCCACCCUAGGUCUGGUAUGUAAAUUAUUUCUAAUGAAAGUUUCUCUAAUUUUCUAGUACAACUUACUAAAGAUCUUUAAUCUCCUAUAUUAGAAUAAAUAAUAACAGUAAGUCAGCAGAACUAUCCAAACAAAAGACUAGGUUAUAUGAGAUAAUCUUCAUUUUAUUUAAGAAAAAAAAAAGUAUAAAUAUCAGAAAAUACUUUAUAUUGACACCCUGAUUUGGGUUGGUUGUACUUAAUUUCAAGAUAACUAGCUGCUAACUGUUUUAUGAUACUGACAGUAACAUUAGAGAGAUUUCAGAAUGACAGUGAGAGAAUUUUUAAACUUUCACAUUAGUCACAUGCAUAUGAUAUGCACAUCACAUUAUAUACCUAAAUAUUAAAAUUACCAAUUUUGUUUUACUUUAUUACAGUAUGUUCUUCAUAGGUUAAGAAAUUAACUUCUACUGUGCUUAUGCUAGAUGGCAUUGCUUAGUGCAGGCCCUAAAUAUUGUUCUUUUCCAGUCUUAUAAAAUUUAUAAGGAAAAUCCUUAUCUCCAACUGAAACACCAAUUGUUAUUAAUAUAUCUUUAAAAGUUUUUAAUUAUCAUUUUCUAUUAUAAGGCCUUUCUUUGCAUAGCAA